AUGGAAGACUCGCAGCUGUCGCUGGUUCGCUCGGUGGUUGGAGCGAACGAUGCAUGGUCAAGACUGGAAGGGCACCACGAGAAGAAGAUCCUGGCGAACAAGCUCUUUCUUCGUCGACGCUUCUUCACGACAAUGAUGCAUGAAGGUGAAGAUGUGCUGGAGCACAUUACAAGCUCAAGACUCUGGCGGAGCAGCUCGAUGCGGUUGGCGCUCUGGCCAGCGAGACGAAUUGGUGAUCACGCUUCUUGGUAG